AUGAAAGGUGCCCCUUCCUCUUCAGCUCCCUUGGCUCUGGUAGCCUUGGCUCCCCCUGCGGUUCAGAAGAGUUCUGCUUUCCCACCUAACCCUCUGACCUCCCCUCCAAUUGUUGUAGCCAAGUCAGUGUCAGUGACAUCUCUGUCAACUCCCAUUGCUCCCUCAGACCCAAAGACCUCUUCUAUUCAAGUUCCUUCCCAGGUAGUCCCUAAUCCAAAAAGUACCACCAGCUCUCCAGAUAAAGUCAGUGCUAUUCCAUCCCACUUUGUCUCUGUUAAGUCUGGAUUAGCCUCCUCUGACCCAACCUCCCAUACUGCAUUGGUUACAGUACCUGUAACUCCCAAAGAGCUUCAUAUUCCUCAAGAAAUAACCACUCUGGGGAUACCGGUCUCUCCUUCUUUGCCAGCCCUUGAGGACCCCAAAACUCUCCCCACUUCGGUGUUGGUAAAGCUCCCAACCCAAACAGAUACUCAAACUGUACCUGCCUCUCCUGUAGGAGUUCUUGUUUCUCCAGCCCAAGAAGAACUUCCCACCAUGAAAGACCCUACUCCAUUGGCUUUGGCAGUCCCUAAAGAUUCACCUUCACCCCAAAGUACAUCUUCUUCUCCAGAGAUGUCUCUUUCUUCUGAAGCUACCUUAGCAAAGAAGAGCCUUGAAGAGCCUUUUCCUAUGGUUAAGCCAGCCAGUGCUACUGCAUCUCCUCUUGGUGUUCUUAAUUUCCCAACCUCUGUAAUCAAGACAAAUUCCUGUGCAAGCCCAGAUCCUGCUAGUCUGCUCCUCAGAAGUUCUCCCACUAUCCCAAUAGUAGCUCCCACAGCAGAUCCCACAGGCAUGUCAAAUAAAAAGAAUCCAGCUACCCCUGCUGGAAUGGCUCUUGUAACUGCCCAAGGUACCUCUGCUCCUACAACUACUACAGCCAGCCCUUUUCUAGAAGGAGGUGUCUCUUUAGUUCCUAAAAGUCACCCAGCUGAGAAAGGUACUUCCACUCUUGCUACUUCACCUUUGGUUUCUUCAGCCUCUGAAAGUUGCCCUGUAGCUCCAGCUGUCACUUCAUCCUCCCAGGAUGUUUCAGCUUUUCCAGCUACCUUGGUCUCUGAAAUUCCCAAGUCUGUGCCCUUUCUCUCUGUUCCCCCAGAAGGGAUGAGUCCUUCAGAUGCAAAGAAAGUUGAUGAUAUUUGUCAUACCUCAGUAUUGGCACCUGCAGCUUCCUUUCCUGAAGGGCCCCCAAAUGAGAAGGACUUUGGUGCUUCUGUUACUUCAUCUUCCAGAGAAGGAACUCUAACUGAUGUAGUUGACUCCCCAUCUCCUUCAAGGAUCAGUGGUGUAUCUCCUCAGGCUAAAAGACCUCCAACCAAGAAGGGUUCAGCUACUUCCCCUGUUACCUUGACUCUUGCUUCUUCUGUUUCUAAAAGUGAACCUGCUAUCCCUAGUUCUCCGGUUGGAAAUCUUUCAUCCCCUGUUUCUCCACUUGAAGCUUCCCUUCUUCCAGAAGCCAGUCAGUCUUUUCAAGGCUCUAAAGGCUUACCAGCCAAGAAGCAUUCUCCCACUCCUCCAUCCCUGAAAGAGUCUACCCCUUCCCCAUCUGUUACUCCUUCCCCCAAGGAGGGCCCUGCUAUCUCAUCACCCAAAGGGGCCCCAGGAACCCCAUCUCCCAAGAAGAGCCCUACUCCCCCACCUAUGACUCCUUCUUCCAAAGGGGCCCCAGCAGCACCAUCCCAAAAAGGAGGCCUUACUCCCCCACUUCCAUUUCUGCCGUCCUCACCUGGGCUGGUGCUGGAAUCACCCCAUAAGCCCCCAGCCCCUGCUGAUGAGGAUGAGCUGCCGCCUCUGAUUCCCCCAGAACCAAUCUCUGGGGGAGUGCCUUUCCAGCCAGUUCUCGUCAACAUGCCCACCCCCAAAUCUGCUGGAAUCCCUGCCCCAACCCCCUCUGCCAAGCAGCCCAUUCUGAAGAACAACAAGGUCUUUGUUGAUGCUUGGUCUUUCAAUUGUGGGAAACUUCAAAUAUCUGAAUUAUGUUUGGGAGAAAUGGGGGAGGUUAUAGGAGAGGUUAUAGUGGAAAAGUGA